GUCAGGCACACGCUGAUGGUCAGUGGCAGCUGCCGAGAAGGCACACUGCUACGCUGCGCGUUGCUGCUAUAAGUGAUUGCCGGAGGCCUGCAGGUGAACAUUUCCCUCUCCCACGACGCACGCACUGAACACUUCAACCGAAAUUGGCGUGAUCACCGGCCGACAGAUCCCCCUCGUCGACCGCGACUCUCCUUAUGCGAUCUCCUUGAAAUAAUGAGAUAUUGUGCUACCGCUCACACCACAGACAAUGUCUUCGCCUCACGCCGUUUCGACAGCCUCCCGACCUGACCGCGUCGACUCGCCGCUCGCCCUCCGACACAUCUCCUUCCACUUCGACAGCUCCGAGUCAGAGAAGAGUGCCCUGGCACUCAUCGAGCAAUAUGACCCGAAAUGGAAGACCGAGGAGGGACCAGUGGAAUUCGUGCGCUUCACAGACGGCAUCACAAACACGCUCAUGAAGGCAAUCAAGCGGCGGCCAUGCAUGACGGAGCUUGAGAUUGACCGCAACGCCAUAUUGAUGCGAGCAUAUGGCGAGGGCACAGAUGUUAUCAUAGACCGUGAAAGAGAGCUUCGAGCACAUAACCUCCUGGCAAAUCUCGGCCUCGCGCCUCCUUUGCUCGCACGCUUUGACAAUGGUCUGAUGUAUGCAUUCAUCCCUGGUCAUGUCUGCUCGCACCUGGACCUCGCAAAGCCAGAGAUCUCGCGUCAAGUAGCCAAAAUGCUUGGUCAGUGGCAUUCUCUGCCCAUUGGUGCUAUCACUUCUACACCCAUCCUCGAUCGCGAGCCCGAAGCCCAAGAGCACCUUGCGCCUGUCAAUGGCAACAGCACACGCCCGUUUCCAAACACGUGGGCGACCAUGCGCCAAUGGAUCGACGUCUUGCCCAAAAGCACCGAAGAGGAGAGAGAGCGCAUAAAAAUGAUUGAAACAGAACUUCAAUGGCUAGAGCCAAAGCUCGGCAGUACCAGUUUUGACGGCCGAGAAUUCGUGUUCGCACACCACGAUCUACUUUGCGGCAACGUGAUUGUCGAUAUUCACUCCGACGCCAAAGAGAAGCCAGUCAGCUUCAUCGACUACGAAUAUGCGACUCCCGGUCCUGCGGCUUUCGAUAUUGCAAACCAUUUCGCAGAGUGGGCAGGUUACGAUUGCGACCAUGCCUGCGUACCCAACAAAUCCCAGAGGCGCGAAUUUAUCCAGCACUAUGUUGCUUCAUACCGAUACCACUCGAUCCCUGAAGGCGAUGCGACGAUCGAGAUUGACUUCCAAAAAGACAUCGAUACUCUUAUGGUGCAGGUCGACUUAUUCCGCGGCUUGCCUGGAUUUUAUUGGGGCAUCUGGGCAUUGAUCCAAGCAGACAUCAGCCAAAUCGACUUCGACUACGUGAAAUACGCAGAAGGCCGCUUCAAAGAAUAUUGGUCAUGGAAAGAAGAAGUUACGGGCGAGCGCAAAAAAGCUGGAAGGGAACAAUACGUGCGAGAAAAGAAGUGGCAAUCAUCUUGAAGGAAGUAAUGGUUUGUAAUGUUCAAUCUGGAGAAUCUUGAACAUGCAAGAAAGUCGGCAGAUGUUCAACCACAAUGCCGCAGAGAACUUGAUAUUGCGCAUGAGUCGUUUUUGGGGACUUAGCGGGAUAGGCAGGCGCUGGCUGGCUUUGGAAGGAAAGUGUGCGAACUGCAUAGCGCGGGAAGUUCUUCUCCCGCGAUGACUCUUGGGUCUUUGCAGGAGGGAAGGAGAGCAAAAAUCUCAUAAAGGAGCACGCGGCUCACAGGACGGGGAUUCGGUCACGGACGUGGUGGCACCGGUAUCGAGGCGAAGUUUAGUCCGGGACACGCAGGAUAGAACACAUCGCACAGCGGUAUCUGCGCCAAAAAGACGUGUUGUCAAAUGCUCACAUGCGUCCCUUCUGUCACUUGCAAGUCAAGAAGGAAGAAA